UUAGUUACUCUACAAUUUACAUUAAAAAGAAAAACAUGGAAGAACUUCAACAGCUUGAAUUUUUGUCUUUGGUAUCUAAAGUUUGUACGGAACUGGAGAACCAUUUAGGAAUGAAUGAUAAAACACUUGCUGAGUUUAUCAUCAUGCUUGCUGGUAAAAGCAAAACAGUUGAAAGUUUUAAAAGUCGAUUAGAAAAAAAUGGCGCUGAAUUUCCUGAUUCAUUGAUUUCAAAUUUAUAUCGCCUUAUUAAAGCUUUACAGCCUGUUACCUCAUCAAAGAAGAAAGCAAAAAAAAAUGUUGUUGAUGUUGAAGAGGAUUCCAAGUUAGUUCUACGCAAGAAAAAGUUUCCUGGCUUAUGUAUACCUGAUGAACCAGUCAAAAAAUGGGAGUUAGAAGAUGAAAAGGUUGCAGCAUCAGCUUUAGAUGAGUUAGAAGCAUUGUUUCUUAAAGUAUCUUCUCCAAAGAAUGAAAAAGGCCGGAUUUCCGAAUCUAAUAAUGAAGAAAAUAAAAAAAGUUCUCGACAUGAUAGAGAUGAUAAAAAGGACUCGGACGAUUAUGACCAAAGAAGAAAACGAAGGUUCUCUGACUCUGAUGAAGAAAUUUAUAAAAAAAAUUCUCGCCAUGAUAGAGAUGAUAAAAAAAACUCAGAUGAUAAUGACCAAAGAAGAAAACGAAGGUUCUCUGACUCUGAUGAAGAAAUUUAUAAAAAAAAUUCUCGCCAUGAUAGAGAUGAUAAAAAGGACUCAGAUGAUUAUGACCAAAGAAGAAAACGAAGGUCACACUCCCCAAAAAGAGAAAGAAAAUCAGACAGGCGCAAAGAUAGUAAUAAGAUUCCAGAGUCUCCUGAAGUUGGAAAGAUAUAUGAUGGGAAAAUUACAAACAUUAUGCAAUUUGGUUGUUUUGUUCAACUUUUUGGUAUUCGCUCACGUGUUGAAGGUCUGGUUCAUAUCUCCCAGUUGCGCAAAGAAGGAAGAGUAAAUGAUGUUAAGGAGGUGGUUACAAGAGGUCAGAAUGUAAAAAUUAAAGUUCUUUCUAUUGCUGGAAAAAAGAUCAGUUUAUCAAUGAAGGAUGUUGAUCAAGCUACAGGUGAAGACUUAAACCCUGGUCAGGGUAUUCGUCUUCCAGUUAAUAGUGAAGUUCCAUUAAGGAAUCCUGAUAGACCUUCUACUACAACAGCUGUUCCAACAUAUGAAGAAUCAAUAGAUGAUAAUACAAGAAAAAAGUUUAAAAGGAUUUCUUCUCCAGAGCGAUGGGAAAUCAAGCAAUUAAUAUCAGCUGGUGUGCUAGACAAGGCUGAUUAUCCAGAUUUUGAUGAAGAAACUGGAAUUCUACCAAAAGAAGACGAUGAAGAUGAUGAAGUGGAAAUUGAAUUAGUAGAAGAAGAGCCUCCAUUUUUACAAGGACAAACUAAACUUACAAUCAAUGUCAGUCCAAUCAAAAUUGUUAAAAAUCCUGAUGGUACACUUCCUCGUGCUGCAAUGAUGCAGUCCGCACUAGCAAAAGAAAGGAGAGAGAUAAAACAACAAGAACGAGAGGCUCACACAGAAAGUAUUCCAAAAGAUAUCGCAAAAAUGUGGAUUGAUCCUGUUCCACAAUCAAGUGAGGGAGAUAAAAAAUCAAUAUUUGCACAAGACAUGCGUGGUGUACUAUCUCAGGAAGUUCCUGAGUGGAAAAAAGCUACAUUUGGUGGAAAGGGUGGCUCUUAUGGCAGAAAAACAACAAUGAGCAUUGUGGAGCAACGUCAAAGUCUACCAAUUUAUAAACUUAGAGAUGAGUUAGUCAAGGCUGUUUCUGACAACCAAAUACUUAUUGUGAUUGGGGAAACUGGAUCUGGAAAGACCACCCAGAUAACUCAGUAUCUUGCUGAAGAAGGUUAUACUACCCUAGGUGCUAUUGGUUGUACACAACCACGUCGUGUAGCUGCUAUGUCUGUGGCAAAAAGAGUAUCUGAAGAAGUUGGUUGCAGACUUGGUCAGGAAGUAGGAUAUACAAUUCGAUUUGAAGAUUGUACUAGUCCUGAAACCAAGAUAAAAUACAUGACAGAUGGUAUGUUGUUAAGAGAAUGUCUAUUAGAUGGUGAACUUUCAACAUAUUCAUUAAUAAUGUUGGACGAGGCACAUGAACGAACAAUACACACUGAUGUCUUGUUUGGACUUUUAAAAAAAGCUAUUUCUAAACGCAAAGACUUAAAACUUAUAGUUACCUCUGCAACAUUGGAUGCAGUUAAAUUUUCUACAUACUUUUUUGAAGCUCCUAUUUUUACUAUUCCUGGUCGUACUUAUCCUGUUGAAGUUUUAUAUACAAAAGAAGCUGAGACUGAUUAUCUUGAUGCAGCUUUAAUCACUGUUAUGCAGAUUCAUUUGACAGAACCACCAGGAGAUAUUCUUGUUUUUUUAACAGGUCAAGAGGAGAUAGAUACAUCAUGUGAGAUUCUUUAUGAACGAAUGAAGUCUUUAGGCCCUGAUGUACCAGAACUUGUUAUUCUACCUGUGUAUUCAUCGCUUCCUAGUGAGGUGCAAACAAGAAUAUUUGAUCCUGCACCUCCUGGCAGUAGAAAGGUUGUUAUUGCUACAAAUAUAGCUGAAACUUCUCUUACUAUAGAUGGUAUUCAUUAUGUGGUAGAUCCAGGUUUUGUAAAGCAAAAUGUAUACAAUUCAAAAAGUGGUAUUGAUCAGUUAGUUGUCACACCAAUAUCUCAAGCGCAAGCUAAACAAAGAGCUGGUCGUGCUGGAAGAACUGGACCAGGAAAAUGUUACAGGUUAUAUACUGAAAGAGCAUACAGAGAUGAAAUGCUUUCAACUAAUGUUCCUGAAAUUCAGCGAACAAAUCUUGCUAGUGUUAUCCUCACUUUAAAAGCUAUGGGGAUUAAUGAUCUCAUUUCUUUUGAUUUUAUGGAUCCUCCACCAAUGGAGACAUUGACAACUGCUUUAGAGGCUUUGCAUUCUUUAAGUGCACUUGAUGACGAAGGCCUUUUAACUCGACUAGGGAGACGAAUGGCAGAAUUUCCUUUACCUCCUCAGCUUUCUAAGAUGCUCAUUCAGUCUGUACACUUAGCAUGUAGUGAUGAAAUUCUUUCUAUAGUAUCUAUGUUGUCAGUUCAAAAUGUGUUCUACAGGCCAAAGGAAAAGCAAGCGAUUGCUGAUCAAAAGAAAGCAAAAUUUCAUCAAAUUGAAGGUGAUCAUAUGACACUGCUGGCCGUAUAUAAUGCAUGGAAGAAUAGCAAGUUUUCUAAUGCAUGGUGCUUUGAAAACUUUGUUCAGGCAAGAUCUCUAAAGCGUGCACAGGAUGUUAGAAAACAGUUGCUUGGUAUAAUGGACAGACACAAGCUUGAUAUAGUAUCGUGCGGCAAAAAUACUGUAAGGGCUCAAAAAGCUAUUGUCAGUGGUUAUUUCAGAAAUGCUGCUAAAAAAGAUCCUCAAGAGGGUUACAAAACCCAAACUGAUAACCAGGCAGUUUAUAUACAUCCUUCAAGUGCUUUAUUUAACAGGCAGCCAGAAUGGGUUGUUUAUCACGAACUUGUUUUGACAACUAAAGAAUACAUGAGAGAAGUAACAUCAGUUGAUCCUAAAUGGCUUGUUGAAUUCGCUCCUGCAUUUUACAAGUUUGCUGAUAAAAACAAGUUAAGUAAAAGAAAACGCGAACAAAGGAUUGAACCAUUGUUUAACAGAUACGAGGAACCCAACUCUUGGAGAAUAUCAAGAGCUUACAGAAUGCGAUAAUAGAAAUUCCUGAAAGUUGUCAAAUUAUCAAUUAAAACCUUAUUACAAUAAAUUUUUUUUUGCUUU